AUGGUCGUGCACCUGUUCAGUGUCAAGUCCUCUGGAAGCUGCGUCAACUACACACUCUGUCAUACCACAGAAGAACAUGGGCACAAGUACUGCAAUGAGGCAUCUGAAGCUAUCAUGAAAAACUUCUACGUUGAUAACCUCAUCAAGGCCCACGACGACAAGGAACGUCUCAAGAUGAUGAUGGUAGACAUGACUUCACUCUGUGCUGACGGAUGCUGGCAUCUGAACCAAUGGACGUCAAGCAACUGGAAACUACAAUCUGUCAUUCCCGAGUCAGAACGAGAUACUUCUUUUGCAAAUCUGGGCUUGAGUAGGGAUGAGCUUCCAGUAGAAAGAUCGCUGGGUAUUGCUGGUGACGAACUUGCUGACCAUGAAGCAAGAGAUGUCAUUACUAAAGAAGACAUUCUCUUCCACCAUAUUUCUGCUACAGACAAGAAAUGGACUAUUCACUCAUUUAUAGAAAAUAAAUGGCAAGCAUAUUGGUCAUCUCCCCUUCUGACCAGCAAUAAAAAGUACAAGAAGAUCAGACAAAAUAUUGAACAUUGGCCAUCUUGA